AUUUGAUGGCCGUAUGUGGCUAGGUUUUAGGUGUUCGGUUAACUGCUGGCUGAAUUGGUAGAAAUUUACGUGUGAAUGUUCAUGGUAUCCGCAAGAAAAACACGGAAGAAAAAUGCAGCUCUAGUGAAAGAGUGUUGUCUGUGUUGUGAUAAAAGCCUGAAGAGGUUCACGAAAGGCGUGGGCAGGGGUACAACAACGUGGGGCUGGUGACAGCCCCCAGGCCUGAGAAGAUGGCACUGGUCGUGGGCCUGGAGCAGUUUGUGCCCCAGCUAAGCAGCCAGGACACCAAGAAGCGGCUGCAGCUGGGCGCCACUCUGCUUUCUUACCUGGACGACCCACUGAAUCUUGUGGACUGCACAGAAAUGGGCGCUGUCAUUGAUGGUCUGGUUGCCUGGUUGAACAGCAGCAACUCAAAGGUGGCACAAAAUGGUCUCGAGAUCCUUUCAAUCCUGGCGGAAAGACUCAAGGAGGACUUCCGGCCAUACAUCUCCACAGUCAUUCCGGCAACCAUGGACAGAAUGGGUGACAGCAAAGAUUCUGUGCGGGAGCAGGCAAAGUACUUCACUAUGACACUAAUGAAGGUGUCAUCUCCUCAGUACAUCCUUGAGAAGAUGAUGCCAGCGUUCAGCCACAAAAAUUUUCGAAUACGUGAAGAAGUGUUAUUGUGCCUCCAGGACACUUUAAAUGCGUAUGGCCCCCAGAACCUGUCUUUGAUGAAGUUCAUGCCACUAAUUGCCAAGCUACUUGGAGACCCCAAUUCACAGGUGCGUGAGACGGCGUUUCAGACGUUCGUAAUCAUCUACACUCACGUUGGCGAGCGGGUGCGAAUGGACCUGGGAAAGAAGUAUGGCAUUCCACCUGCCAAGCUGCAAGCACUGUUCGACAAGUUUGACGAAGUGAAGAGAUCUGGGCAGCUUCUACAUACUGCAACCCUUGACCUCGCUCACAGAGGUGACGAUGAGCUUGACAGGGCAGUGCAUUCCAACAUCAAUGAUGCGGAAGCGAGUUUAGGGAAGGCUUCGAAAAGGGCCAGCAGCGCACCUCCGAACCGACGGGCAGUGUUGGCAACACCCAUCAAGCCUGCACAGCAGCCCUCAACAGCCACAACUCCUGCCACACUCACCAGAAAGCAUAGCUUGAAAGGCCCUCCUCCUGUUAAGGCCGCUGUUUCAGCGAAUGCAGGAGCUGUAGAUGAAGAGAUGUUUAUCCGAUCAUUUGAAGAUGUUCCGAAAACACAGCUUUACUCGGCAAAGGAACUGGAACAAGAACUUGCGAAGAUCAAGCAGGUUCUGAAUGAUACAAAUGCUGACUGGGAGAAGAGAGUGGACAUGCUGCGGCACCUUCGCAGCUUACUUCUAGCAGGUGCUGCAGACUAUGAGGAGCUGUUUGCCAGUUUGAGGCUCCUGGAGCCUUCAUUCCAAGUUCUGGUUAGGGACUUACGGUCACAAGUGGUCAGGGAAGCCUGCAUCACUAUUGCUUAUUUAUCUCAACAAUUGGGUCAUAAACUUGACCACUUCUCGGAAGCAGUACUUCCAGCGCUCAUAAACUUAAUCCCCAAUAGUGCCAAGAUUAUGUCCACAUCCGGCAUUGUCACAGUGAGGUUCAUCAUUCAGCACACUCAUGUUAGUCGGUUGAUACCAGUGAUUACAAUGAACUUAAGUUCAAAGUCCAAGGACAUUAGAAGGUCGUGCUUUGAGUUCCUCGACCAGUUGCUGCACACAUGGCCAACACACACCCUGGAAAGGCACAUUGCUAUCCUGCAGGAGGCCAUCAGGAAGGGGAUCAGCGAUGCCGACCCGGAAGCCCGUGCCUUUUCACGCAAGGCCUUUUGGGGCUUUGCGGACCAUUUCAAGGAGCAGGCAGAUGUGCUGCUCAACUCGCUGGACAGUGGCAAGCAGCGCAUGUUACAGGGUGAACUGUGCAUGAGCAACUCCUCAAGCAGCAACUCGCUCAACAGUGCACAAGGCCGGCCCCUGAAGCACUCGGUGUCCAGCCAUGGAUCCAUGGAGAAUCUGAGGCCUGGUAGUGGAAGCGCAACUCUGGGACGGACGAGGUCUGGUGUGCCAGUCUACAACAACACCAGGAGUGCCUCUGUUCGAUCCAAUAGCGCCAUUGAUUUGGGGGCAGCGAGAAGGGCACGAGCACGUGCCUUCACCACAGCACAAAACAGAGGCACAGGAGCAUCGCUGCCUCGUCCAGGAACAAAACGAGCUGACACUGUGUCAAGCACAAUGGCAUCGCCUGAACGAAUUAGUCGAAGUCGGACGAAGGGUGUUUCCCAGUCACAGCCAAGCAGCAGGUCUGGAUCCCCCACAUCUCGGCUGAGCUACGCUACCUACUCACACACGGAUGGUACGGGACGGGUUCGCCGAAAAUCUGGCAUUCCCACGCCGGUGGGCACAAGCCGUGAGGCAAGCCCGACAAGACCCACUGCAGCCACCCCGUCUAUGACCGGAAUGUACGAGCGUCGUCUCAGUGGAAGUACAAGGCGCCCUUUUGGUGGUGCCUGCGACCGGUACAACCCCCAAACAACAACCACAACUCCACUGAUGGCUCAGCAGAUACUGCAACAGAGUAAAGAGGCCGAGGCUGCUGUGGCAGACGCAUUGGAAUGUUGGAACACUCCUCCGAGGAAGAACCGAUACAAUGCCUUCGACGAUCAGUCGGAUGAGAGCGAAACGUCUAGUGUCUGCUCAGACCGCUCGUUCAGUUCCUACAACAGAGGUGGUUAUGAGGGCCACAUCCCAGUGCAAGAUGUGCCAACCAUCUUGAAGCAUCUGUCCAGCAUCCACUGGUCAGACCGCAAAGAGGGCUUGCUGGGCCUGCUGUCAGUGCUGCGGUCGGGGCGCACCCUCUCUCUGCCUGACCUCAAGAAGGUCACCGACAUGUUUACCAAGAUGUUCAUGGACCCCCACACCAAGGUGUUCACACUCUUCUUGGAGGCCUUGGGGGAGCUGAUUCACGUCCACAGUGCAGACUUGCACAGCUGGUUGUACGUUCUCCUUACCCGUCUCUUCAUCAAGACGGGAACGGACCUUUUAAGCUCGCUACAAAUGAAGAUUCAGAAGAUCCUGUCUAUAAUUCGGGACUGUUUUCCACAUGGUGAUCAAUUUCAGGCGGUGGUGAGGUACAUCACUGAUCCAACGCAGACUCCCAAUAUCAAGGUCAAAAUCACAAUACUGCGGUAUCUGAUGACUCUGCUCCAUGCGAUGGAUUCUGGGGACUUGCUGGUCAACACUCCAGAGACACACUCUAUGGUUGCCAAGAUAUUUGCCUGGAUACGUGAUCAGAAAAGUCCUGAACUUAAGAGGCACGCCCAGGAAGUUAUUGUGUCCAUAUUCAAGCUGAGGCCAGGAGAAAUUAAUGGAUUACUGAGCAGACUUGACCCUGACAAUCAGGCUCUGGCCAUGGCCCUCAUCCAGUCGUACAUGCGUGGUCGUUCUGAUGACAGUGAGCUGCGAACACCUAGCCCCAUCACAACACAUGUCCCCAUCAGCAGUACGCCAAACAGAGGCAGCAGGAGCCGAUCAAGCACGCCGCUGCAGCGUUCUCUGGAAGAAGAGGAGGACAACACCGAGAACCUGAACCCAGAUGAGCUGUACAGCUCACUGCUGCGCCGCACCACGGCCCAGAUCCACCGGCUGGCAUUGGACCCAGUCCGGGGUACGGACUUGACGGACUCCACCCUGACGCCCACCUCCCGAGGCGCGGAGCUGCUGCUGCCCCCGUUGGGAGGAGGCAGCUUCCGGCAGCGGCUGGCACCCCAGAACUGGGAGGAGUCGUGCACCUUCACGCAGCAGCGGCUGACCGGCAGCCGGGAGGCCUCGCCCGUGAAGCGCAUGGCCAGCUGGGAUUAUGAUGGUGAAACCGGUAUGCAUCGGAUCCGGCGAACGUCACUCGAUGGUGGUGUUGCAAAAAGUGAACAAGACACCCUAAAUAACAUUUUUGCCAUCCUGCAAAACCCAAACAGCAGGACAGAGCAUCGCAAGCAGGCCCUGUCUGAACUCGUGCCGCUCACUAAGGAUGGCUCACCGGAGCUGUGGGACGAGAAUUUCAGGAACGUACUAAGGUGCCUUGUGGAAAACCUUGAAGAACAAGUGGUGCCUGUAAAAGUGGCUGCCCUCAGAGCCCUGGCUGAACUGUUGAAGAGGCAACCACAACACUUCCACAAUUAUGCUGAGCUGACCUUGAUUAAGAUCUUCGGAACGUUCAAACAGUCCUGAAAGAGAGGUGAGCCGUGCCGCCGAGCUGUGUUCCAUGGAGGCUGCUGCGGCGCUACCGCCGGAGCAAACCAUGCGUCUCUUGCACUCACUCAUUGGCGAGUCGGAUGAGCAAGAAUUGGUCAUCGCUGCCAUCAAGGUCAUGUCUCGACUUGUGGAGGUGCAUCCAAAAAGGAUAAUUGUGGAACUUCUGCCUCAGAUGAUGCCGGUAUUGUUGAAGGCGUACGACCACAACGAAAGUUCUGUUCGGAAGGCGGCAGUGUUUUGUAUGGUGACGCUGCAUGGCGUAGUUGGCUCUGAUUUGAUGAAGCCACACUUGGCUUCCCUUACGGGAUGCAAGUUGAAACUACUCAACUUGUAUAUUCAACGAGCGCAAGGCAACAGCAGCGGAAGCACACCUGGCUCCCCUUCAAACACUGCAUCAUCUUCGUCCAGUAACCCUUGAACUGGAAGUACUGUGCGAGCAGCAAGCUAAAAAAAAUGAAUGAAUGAAUGCUUCUGCAUAGGCUGUCACCAUUGAAGCUGCUUAUCGCCAGUAACUGUGGCCCCAUGCCAAGCUUUAGCUGUUGCAGCAACUCUAAGAUGAACUUAGUCGAGACGUUCUAUACGUUGAUGUUUUUUUUUUUUUUUUUUCAACUGUGGCACUACAGCAAGCGAUUACUGCGAAAAGAAUGUCUUCAGGUUUUUCAUUGCAAAAGGGAGCAGUGCUCUCCCUUCAGGUGAACGAGUUGGUUGCUUUCAGGGACUCAUUUUUUAAUGACUUGUGCAUUUGUACGAUGUGUUUAAAAUUACUUUCAUCAAGAGUCUUUCUGGCAGUGCAGAUUAGUUGUGCAGGCAAGUUGCUGCAGUGUGAGAUUCAGGGCAAGGCAUGCUCUCAACUUAUGAAAGGCUCUUGCAUACAAAAUGUGGUUCCGGCCAGUUGGACUUAACGCUCAUUCACGAAACACACGACGCAAGUGAGCAACACGAGGGAUGCUGCUACACCUGCUUAAAUUCUGUUAAGCGAGCUUUUGUCGUGCUAAACUGCCAUAGUGCAGGGGCUGAAAUAAUGUUGUGUUCAUGCUGAUCAUAUGUUUACAGCCUAACCCCGCGACAACGAAACUCAUGGGGUGCAAAAAAUAUUUUGUUGAAGCGAGAAUUUCGUUGUAGUGAAAUCGAAAAAAAUAUGGCUGAUCUGACCUAGCUAAACAAAGGAAUGUUUGUUUUUAAAAUUUAAAAAGUGUCCUCUGCUUCCUAUUCUUUUCCAGCAGCGUCACGGCGCAAUUCAUAGUCAUGCAUAGCGAGGCCAUGGUGAAAACCGCUGAAGUAAUGCCUACAACUGCAUUCGUAAACGUACCAAACAGUAGCAUUAACCCGUUAACACCAGCAGUCAUCUGCCGUCAAAGUGUAUCCAACAACGCCAAGAUAGAGGCAUGGUAUCGUGGAGCGAUGACUUUUGCCUUAUUCUAUGCCAUUUUUAUCAUCCAAAUCUCAGGGCUGGCUGAUUUGGUUGAUAAUGCAGAACAGCUGCUCUGAUUAGGUACCACACUGGCCAAGCCUGGAGAAUAUGAUAAGCAUUGGAAUUGGAAAAGGCAUCGCUUCGUGGUUGGGUGCAGCAGCUGCGUGAAGGAAACCAUGAACUGAGCGACUGAGCUUCAGCUUUGGAUCGUCUGUGGCUUGAAAACAAGCCAGUGGCAAAAGCAGGGCCAUCCUUCAUGAACAGGGCAUUCUCAUUGUCAUCGGUAUCUCGCAAUGGCGGCAUUCAUGCUUGCUGAACAGCGGCAGUUUUUGGUGGUGGCAACGUGUGUUUUAGACUUUGUCAACGUAUCUUCAGGUUCUCAAAAUGCAUCAAAGUCUUAAAGGUUGGGUUUCUUGUAUAGGAAUAAAUAUCUGAGCCUGGAAUUGCAUCGUGAAAUUUCGAUGAAGCGGGACGGCUGAAGGAAAAGUGUUCGUUGCGGCGACAAUAUUUAUACAUUGACUCCUAUGGUCUGCUGACGGGGAACCACGAAUUUUUCGUUGUAGCGGAAAUUUCGUUGAAGCGGCGUUCGUUGUAGCGGGGUUCGACUGUACUACAAGUAAGUAGCCUGCUGUGCCAGGCAUCUUCCUAGCACAUUAUUUCUUGUCACACGUAAAAUUGUUAGCUCGUGUGCUGUCCUCUUUAUCAUGGUAGUGCUACAAGGGAAUUGUGUGGCUGCCACUGUGUAGUGUUCUAGUUCUGUGGCUGAAUGCUGGUAUUCAGUCUACAGGAUGCCCCAGGCAACAUGGACAGUGCUGUAAAUUUGCUCGCAUGUAUGCGACUUAUUCAGCUUAUUUUCUUUCUUGUGUUUGAACACGAGAGUACGCCUUUCUGCAGCUAGUUCUUUUUUUCAUAAGCGUUGUUCAUGCUGUGUGGGCACCCUGUAAAUAUAUAUAUGUACACAGGUGGGGUAAAUGUGCAGUGAUUAGGAAUGUUGGGCCAUCUAACUUGCUGCUUUGCUGGUGUCGAAAUAGAAACAUUGCCAAAUCUCUCGUAAUGUUGCUUCGGUAAUUGUAUACUAGUUGUCUUUUUUUUCCUUGUUGCUGCCAGUGGACAUCAAGGGGCAGGUGAAAGAGUGGCUUGUGUGUGUGAUUGUGCGGAGUGUUUUUUACAAAAAAUGAGUUUGGCACCUUGCCACUCUGCUGUAGCCCUUUGCCUUUUUUGUGUGUGUGUCGAGUGCUCGAAGAUGCUCUAAUAAAAAAAAUAGGCAAAAAAGUUUGCUCUCAUAUAUGAAGGGCGCCACUUUAGCGUGCAUUUAGCAAGGUUGCAUCUGUUAAAGGAAAUAACAUUUGUAAUUGAGGACAAUUGCUGCUGGCAGUUUCAUCUUGUGUAACUUGCACAAUGCUGCUUAAGGAAAUUUGUAGAUGCUAGAGUGAACUAUUUAUAUAUUGUAGUGCCGCAUGCUUGUUUACAGGAUCAAAUAGAAAAGCCUUUCAUUUGCAAAGGUAUUACUACUUGUAUAGUGUACAUUCCCAUACAAAUCCAUGCUUUCUUUUUUUUACCACUUCACUAUCUGCAACAAAGGCACGUCCUAACAUCUGUUCCCCCAUUAAGUAAAACCCUUAUGCUUUUAAGAUUUUAUUCUGAAACGACAAGUCAGGAAUAAACAUUUUUACUGUCUUGA